AUGCAAUCGAUUAACCGCUUUCUAUACGGACCUACGCCUGAAGAAAGAGUCCGUGCAUGGCAAGUAAAGCUUCGUUCUGAAUCUCGUCAACUUGAUAGGGAAAUGAGGCAGCUUGAUAUUGCCACGAAUAAAGCACGUCAAUCGGUAAAGCAGCUAGCCAGUAAAGGAGAUGUGAAAUCUGCCCGCAUUUUGGCGAAAGAGGUGGUACGAAGUACUAAGCAGAAGGAUCGUCUGUCUGUGAGCAAAGCAAGACUUGGGUCAAUCGGAACACAGCUAUCACAGCAAGUGGCGAUGGUCAAAGUGACAGGAUCGUUGCAGAAGUCAACAGAAAUAAUGAAGCUCUCCAGUGCUUUGAUAAAAUUUCCCCAAAUCAGUCAGACGAUGAGAGAAAUGAGUAUGGAAAUGACGAAGGCUGGUAUUAUGGAAGAGAUGUUAGAAGACACUUUUGAUGUGGACGAGGACGAAGAGCUCGACGAAGAAGCUGACGCAGAAGUUGAUAAGGUCUUAUUUGAGCUCACAAAUGGAAAACUGGGCCAAGCAGGGUCUGUUGGCACGGAACUUCCGCCCGUACAGGACAAAGAGACGGAGGAAGAGACGGAAAGAAACAUGGAAAAGUACCGCGAACAGCUUAACGGUUUGCUUAGUGGCUGAUGUUUGUAUUGUCGUUUGAGUCAUUAUUAUUAUAACGUGUUCAUACCACAUAAUGGGCAUUGUGUCUUCGUUGGUUG